ACGCGCUAAGGACCUGUCUGCUGCCCGCAGGGAUACAGUUACCGCGUACGUUACGCAAGACGUUGAAUGUAAAGUUCACCGUAUAUCCGUACGUACACGUAUUCAUUUGAUUGAAAGCGAGCUAGGCUCGACACGGACAAACACGCACACGGUAAAGAAGUACUGCUGAGCAAGUCAACGAGUAAUUACUUCCACAUCCGUUCCGAUUAAGUUCAUCUCACCCAUCACAGGGAUCCGACAAAAUGCAGAGUGGAAAAGGCGGUGUCAAUACGAUUCCCAGCAAGGCUAUGGGCGGACAGCUCUUCCCACCGUGCCCGCCGCCCGUCAUGAACGUCGGCCCACCACCGAUGAUCGACUGGCUGGCCCAACCGGACGACGACGCGGAGGGCCCCGUGGCCAAACCCCCACACACGGUCGGCGAAUCGAUGCCGGAGUUCGGCGCUCGUAUUAUGGAGACCGUCAACGCCGGCUUUAUCGCAUUAUCCAUCGCAGUGGGUAAGGAGACGGGGCUCUUCUCUGUGCUGGCCGGCUUCGAGGGGCAGCCCAAGACGUCACAGGAAAUCGCUGAUGAGGCUGGCUUGAAAGAAAGGUACGUGCGAGAAUGGCUUGGGGCUAUGACGACCGGGCGUAUCGUCAAUAUGGACGCCAGUGGGAAGCGGUUCUUUCUCCCUCCGCACCGGGCCAUCUUCCUAACCACCCCGGGGCUGGGCUACGAGCUGACGAUCCUGGCCGCCGCCCUGCCCAUGCAGGGGAAGGUCUUCAACUACAUCAUCGACAGCUUCAAGCGAGACGGCCCUAGAGGUAUUUCCUACGAGCAUUUCGGUGACUUUCAUCGCUUCAUGAACGCCUGCUCGUUGAUAUGGUGGGAUCGCCAUCUUGUCUCCACAUUUAUCCCAACAAUACCGGGACUCAAAGACAUGCUAGAGUCGGGUAUAUCAGUGCUGGACUUGGGCUGCGGCGAGGGCGGAGCCAGUUUGAUCCUUGGCGAGGCGUUCCCACAGAGCUCGAUCCUAGGCGUAGACAUCUGCAGCCACGCCGUGCAAGAAGCCAGCAAGGCAGCCGCCGAUCGGCAGCUGACCAACAACGUUCGCUUUAUGGAGCUGGACGCGCACGACAUCCCAGACGACUGGGCCGGAAGGUUCAAAUACGUCCUAGCCUGGGACUCCAUCCACGACAUGGCCAAUCCUGGGAAGAUCCUUGAGCGGGUCCGUAAGAUCCUCGCUCCCGGCGGCAUCAUGUCCGUCUUAGAAGUCAACGCUCGCUCUGAGAUAGCCGACAACAUGGACAUGCCCUUUGCUUCCACCUUCUACACCAACAGCAUGUUCCACUGCAUGUCGGUGCAGCUGCACGCCGGCGGUGAGGGGCUGGGUAACAUGUGGGGCCGCGAGAGGGCGGAAGAGACGCUACGGAGCGGAGGGUUCAAAGUCGAGACCUUCCCAUCACCUUUUGAAGGCUCGUUCAACUGCCAUUUCUUAUGUAGACUAGACAGUGAAUGACUGGUGGGCUGGGCCUGAUUGGUUUAUUUUAAAAGGUGGGGAAGUAUGCAAUAUAGGCCUACACCAUGAAAUUAUACAGCAAGGAAAAAAUAAAGCUAAUGGAUAUGUUUUAUUGUAGAGAGUUUAUUGGGUGUAUAGAAGCCGUAACAUUUUGGGAAUAAGCCGAAUCUACAAGUGUCUCCAACUACAGAUGGCUAAAACUUGUGAUAAUUAUGGGAGCAUGAUCAGAAAGCGUACUAAAGAAAUUGAAGAAUUUCUUGUUCUGAUGAAGUAUCUUUUAUUAAAAAAGAACAUCUUUAUACCGUACCAUAUUUUACAACAUGUAGCCACAACAGAUAUGAACUACCGGAAUAGUACAUUUUCAUUUCAUAUUAAUUGCUUGAAAUUGCAGUUCGAAAUCUCUGUUUCAUAUCAUCCCCCUGAAACUAUCUGCAGUUUUUUUCAGGAUGUGAAAUCGUCAACCUCGUAGAGUACUUGCGCAGAUGGAAUACCGAACUGGCAUAUUAUCGGUGAAACUUCAGAACACUUUUUGCCUUUGAAAAUUAUUCGGCUAGAAACGAAACGACUGACCGUCUAUCUAUAUAACGAAUUGUAUUACUGUAGUCGUAGUCUGAAGCAGGUUUGUUUUAUUUCGUAUAGGCCUCCGUAUUGAAACAAAGACAUUGACAUAAUGGAGAACCGCCGACGUAGGGCUUGAAAGCUAGCUCAGUUGGUAGAGCAGCAGCGGAGUUUUGUAAUCCGGAGGUAGCAGGUUCAAACCCCGCUCCAGUCGAUGUCUUUGUUCAAUUUUCUAAGGAUUGAAAUUGGAAUGAACAAAUUCACAACUGAAGUAACGGUAAUUUGCGGGUCAGUAUCGCACAUAUGGAACAUAUUCAAGGCAUUCUUGGCUGGGCUGACAGUUGGUUUGUGAGCAGGUAAUUGAUUGUUAAUGAUUCAAAUUAUACCUAAUGAAUUUAUUCGUCAAAAUGUUCAGGUUGUGUCAGUUUUUACCAAGUUGAACGCGAUAUUCUCCUCACAAGGCACACGAUUUAAACGCCGUUAAAUACUUAUAGGACAGGGGCGGAUCCAGCUUGAACUCGGGGUGUUAGCCCCCCCCCCCCUGUAGAUCCGCCACUUUAGUAUGAUUGUUUAUUUCUAAUGGAACCAAGGUAUUCUCAUAAGCAACUUGCUUGUCCAUUGCGGUAUGCCAGUGUGAAAUGUUCACCUUAUUCAAUGGAUUUUGAAAAAUACAUGACUCCGAAUACUCAGGUAUAGAGACAAAAAAAACACACAAUCCACAAUGUCAGCCCAGGCUGCAUUCGAACUUGGGCCACGAAGAGAAGGCAAGAAAAACACUAUACAUGCACUAUGUCCUUCUGAUUCCUAGAUGGGCAGACUCAUUAACACAGAAUACGGGUCAGACUCGGGUACCGGUACGAUCCGGGAAUGAAAUUGAAUUAUAGUAAAUUAUUGUACAUAACUAUCAAAGUCAAAAAGUAGGCAGCGUUAUCUUCUAGAAUAGUGGGCACAGGAAAGUUUGGUCGCGAUUCUCUAAAGGAUGUAUUCCAAUGGAUGAAACCUCUCAAGUUUUGUCGACAAGUUGGUUUGUCGCUCGUCAGCCAACAUACAAAGCUUCAAUCUCGAUUAUAAUAUUGCUUUUCUGUUAAAAAUGUGAAACUCUUUAUGUAUAGUUAUUUUAUGACAUUGACAAAAAGCGCUGGCUUUCGAACCGUUUUGUUCUCUUUUAGCACUGCAGUUACAGAUUUACACAAAUUCGUGGUUACUUACUACGUUUCCUUUUUAUUAUCAUUUUAUUUAAUUAUUAUUAUUAUUAUAUUUUUGGCACUGAAACCAAGGAAUCCUCAAAAGCCCCAUAUAGGCACUGUAGCUCGCAAAGCAUGAAGAAACCUGCAGAGAGGAGACAAUGAGAAGAAAUUACAGUUUUAGAGGUGGGAGGAAAACCCCAGAAGAAUAGUCUGGGGAAAACCCACGGAAUCAGGCAGGGACUGAAAACCCAAUCCACAUGUGGACCAGAGCAGGAAUCGAACCCGGGCCAUAGAGGUGGAAGGCGAGGACAGUAACCACUGCGCCAACCUGACUUGAUCAGGUUGGUCGAUGUGACCAACUGACGCCUCUGUACUUUUGUUCCUGUAAAUAAACCAUCAGUUGGGUCUUGUUCCCGUCGUGCACUCCUAUAGUGAAACUGUGUCCAAUGUUAUGAAUAUGCCAAGCAAUAUUCAGGUUUUUCAGUUUUACAUACACAAUAGUAAAACAGCUCACAAGCAAUGUACUCCAUCAGGCGAUUAAAAUUGCAAAAAAAAAUUCUUUUAUGUGGGUUUUAUGCUCUUUGCUCGCAGUGGAGUUUAGCUUGGGUGAACCAUGGACGAAUAAUAAGGCUAUUGCAGCCGAUACAGACGCGGCCUAAAAUUAAGCCUGCGAUUGUAAAAGUUUUUUUAAAUAAUUUCAUCAAAUUUUUGAAUAACCCAAUGCUACAUGUUUGACCUGAGUACAAUAUGUAGCUCGCUCUCUUGCAGCGAAGAAAAUUUAAACAUUAGGGUACUCGCCUCUCCAUGGUAAGAGAUGGUUUAUAACUUCGCACUUUUUAAAAAUAUUUCUUACUCUUUGUUGCAUGAGCUAAAUCGUGUAUGCUGCUGGAAUGUUAGGUCUAAACUGACUGGAAACGUAUAAGUGUAAGGCAUAUCUUUUUUAAGAUCUGUAAAAAGUUGGUGGUGAAAUAAUUCCGUGGUUUGUGGUUUUUUAACAAAACAAAAUGGUAGGCAUAGUUUGUAAAGUUGUACAUGUGGUUUUUAGUUUGCAAUGUUUCUGCUUUUAUUUCGUUUUGUUCGUGAACGAGGCUGGAUCAAUGUACAUAGUGGAUGGACCAUUUUUAUUAUAAUAACUAUUAUUAUGCCAUAGUGUGAAUAGAAUACGUUUGAACAUUUUCUUUCUUUUUUUGGAAAGUACUAUUGGCGUUGUAUUUAAUAAAAUGACUUGAAACGUGA